ACGCAGCAGCAGCAGCUCUGAGCCCCAGAUCAGUCCGAGCAGCAGCAGCAUGAUGGAGUCCAACACUGCGACCAUGGGAAACCUCCCCAGAGGGAUCGGGAUAUGUACGACCAUCCCGGACAUCCUCUACCUGCCUGAACUGGUCUUCGGGGGUCUGGUCUGGAUCCUGGUGGCGUGCACGCUGGUGGUGCCGGCGAACCCUCAGGCCUGGGUCAUGUUCGUCUCCCUCUUCUGCUUCUCCAUGACUUUCAUCUGGAUGGUGCUGUUCUUCUGCGGGAUGCAUAACAACAGAGGCUCCUGGGCCGCAGCAGACUUAGCAUAUCACGCCAUCGCAGCCUUCUUCUACCUCAGUGCUUCGGUGGCUUUGGCCAAAGUGACCCUGGAGAUCAAAGAGACGAUCCCACUCAACUCCCGAAACUACAAACUGGACAUCUCUGCAGUGGUCUUCUCGUACGUGGCGACCCUCCUCUACUUCAUCCACACCAUCUUCUCUGCCAUCCGAUGGAAAUCUUUCUAGACGUUUCUAAACAGAACUGAUUGUUAUCCUUAAAGCUUGUGCAUAAAGCUGCAACACGCUGAUUUAAAGGGAGGGCUGGCGGUGAUGGAGACUGACUGCUGAGGUUUCUGUUUUUCCCUGAGAGGAAAUCUGUGAAGCAACAUCUGGAUCACCUCUGCGUCUCUCAGCGUCCGGCUGUCAGAAGCAGGAGGGUUUCAGGGUUAUGGAGGGAUGAAGAUGAGGCUUUUCUGUCAAAGGAUUCACAGAAACUCUUCAGCAUGUAGUCCAGAUGCUGCAGAUAGCAACUACAUCUGUAUACAUCCCCAUCAAGUUGAAUUAACAACAAAACUGCUUAGCCUUUUAUGAUGGUUUCUAUUAUUUUCUAAUCUUCAAACUCUUCUUAUCUGGUUUCUCUGUUGUUUUUCUUUUAUUAAAACUGUUUAGUUUGGUCUUCUUGUUUUUCUCUCAGCUGAUUAAAAGGAUUCAGAUGUGGCUGAUUUUAUAUUUUUAUAAGUUUCUUAACAAGAUAAUGUUAUUUAGUAUGGACAUUUUGUAAGGUGAGCCUUUGUUACUGACUGCUUCGGUUUUGUAAACACGUUGAGACUGCGUAAAGAAAAUGUAUAAAUCUGUUUGUUUUUAAACAUUCAAAA